AUGAGCGGGUCAAGAUUUGAAAGGGAAUUAGAAUUUGUGCAGCUUCUUUGCAAUCCCGAAUAUCUUAGAUGGUUAGCUCAUGAAGGCUACUUUGAAUCCGAGGAGUUUAGAAGCUAUUUGAGAUACUUGGAAUAUUGGAGGCGCCCAGAGUAUUCAAGGUUUCUGUCUUAUCCUCAAUGCCUAGCAAUUUUAGAGCGCCUAAACAAUGGAAAUGUUAAUGAUAUAAUGAAUAACGAAAGCCUUUUUUCGGCCCUAGGCGAGCAGCAGUAUUUUAUAUGGUUGAAUAAGCAUAGAGAAGAUUGGAAUAAACAGUAG